AGCUUAUUUAGAAAGGACGUUAUUGGUCUAUUCCGAGUUCCGACCCAUGAGAAUAGGCCAUUCGACAAGUAAAUUAUGAAAUUACCAAGGCACGAACCCGACGGAAUCGUGCGUUGAAUCACAACAAAGCUCAUCCAAAACUCGAUUUAGUCUGUGUUGGAUUAGUAGCUCACCAUGAGUAUAAGUAGAGGAUACUCUCAGAGUCUAACCUCAUCCUGAAUACAACAGUGUCAUUUGACUACCAGUGUUUUCUGCAGUAAGAGUUCCAUCACCCAGCAAUUGAAUGUUAAAACAGGAGCAGGAAGGAUUGUUCUUUGUCAAACCUUGAAAGCAAGUAAGGAACUUUUUCCCCCUGGAAUUAUUAUUAUUCUCUUCAUAGAGUGGAAACUGGAAGUGGGAUUUAAUAAUCCACGCGAGGUAUAAGAGAAAUUCCAGUUGGUUGUUGUUUUCUCCCAGCAGUCUCUUCUUCUCUCCCUUCCCCUGCUGCUGCCUCUGGGUUUCGUGUGUGUCUCUUCUGUGUAUUAUAUAAAUGGGGUUUGUUAAUGGCUAUGGGGAUAUUUAUAAAAUGGGGCUAGCGUUGUUGGCGUUGGGAAUCCCCAUUCCCAUUCCCUUCUCAUCAAACAUUCAUUCCCACAUUGCACGCCUGUUUGUUUCUUCGUUUCUCUCAUCCAUCAUCAUCCUCCAUAUAACUCGUAAUUCUUUUGAAAUUGCAGAGCAAAACCCAGAAAUUUUACAGUCACCCAGAAAGCCAAUCAGCGCUCAGAGGUCAUUCACCGGCGAAAGGAAAGGAAAGGAAAAAGACAAGAAAGGGCUGCACAGAAGGCGACUCUGUAAAUUCUCUCUGUAUCGUCAUCAAACAAAUAUCAGAAACCCAAACAGCUGCUCUGCUGCUCGCUCACACAAAACGCCAACGCCACCUCUCUCUGUCUCUUCCCGUUGUUCAAUUCCUUCACAGACAUUCUCUCUUAACCCUCCAUUGCCAGAAAAAAACAGCCCCUAUUAUAUGUCUGUCGCAUUCCCAUGAAACUUCAUUUACUCGAGACCCAUUGCUCCCUGCUCCCUUCUUACUCCCAGGACUCCCUCUCUUUCCUCCUCAAUCCCCCUUACGCCCGGUGCCGCCGCUCUCCGCCGUCUUUCCGCGGCGUCCGGAUGGACUCUUCUUCCGAUACUUCUUCUUCUCCUCCUCCAGCUCUGUCGUUUUCCCGGCGGCAGAAGGAGAAGGUUUUGGUGAUCAUGGGGGCAACGGGCUGCGGGAAAUCGAAGCUCUCCGUCGACCUCUCAAUCGCCUGCGGGUACGAGGCGGAAAUCAUCAAUUCCGACAAAAUGCAGCUCUACAAGGGGCUCGACAUCUCCACCAACAAAAUCACGAUUCCGGAGCGGCGAGGGGUCCGGCACCACCUCCUCGGCGAUUUGGACCCGGCCGACGGGGAAAUGACCGCCGCCGAGUUCCGCGACCUCGCCGGGGCGGCGGUCGCCGACAUUGCAUCGAGGGGGAAGCUCCCCGUCGUGGUGGGCGGGUCCAACUCAUUCAUCUAUUCUCUCCUCGUUGACCGGUUUCACCCCGGGUCGGAUGUUUUCUACGGGUCGGGUCCGGAGGACCGGGUCUCCCCGCAGCUGAGGUACGACUGCUGCUUCCUCUGGAUCGACGUCGCGUUCCCCGUUCUCUGCGACUACCUCUGCCGGCGGGUGGACGAGAUGGUGGAGACCGGGAUGAUGGAGGAGAUGGCGGAUUUCUACUCGUCGGAAUCGUGGCCGGGUCGGACCGGGCUGCUGAAAUCGAUCGGGGUGCCCGAAUUGGAAUGGUACUACAAAAUGGGGAAAUUCGAAACUGAGAAUAAGAAGAUGAUUGUUAACGAAGGAGAUGAUGAAGGAGGGUGGGAUACAGUACGGAGGAGCGUAUACGAGGAUGCGGUGAGGAAGAUCAAGGAGAACACGUGUCGGCUGGCGGAGAGGCAGGUGGGGAAGAUCAUGCGGCUGAAAAGCGGCGGGUGGGACCUACACAGGGUGGACUCGACGGACGUGUUUAGAGAGCGGUUGAGAGCGGAGGAGGAGGCGGAGGCGGAGGAGGAGGAGGAGGAGCUGGUGAUGAUGACGGCGGCGGCGGAAAGCGGCGGUGGUCAGCAGCGGAGGAAGAGUAAGAUUAAGAGGCGGAGGCAGUGGGUGGAGGUGUGGGAGAAGGAGGUGAUGGAUCCAAGCGUGAAGAUUGUGAAGCAGUUCUUGCAGGAGGAGUAGGUUCUGCAUCCAGCUUUUUUCCAGCUUUCUCCAAAUAAUUUCUUCUUUUCUUUUCUUUUUAUUUCCCCCUUUUCCAUUUCUCUCUCUCCCUCCAUACAUUUUUUUUUUCUCUCUUUUUUUCCAUUUUCAUUUUUGGUUUCAGAAACAGUUUUGAAAUACAGUCUAGAGAGAAAAGAUAGAUAAGAGAGAAAUUUUGAUGGGAGCCGAGAGUCAUAGUCAGAUUAAUUUUAGCACCAUAAAGCAGUUUUGUUAGUGCUAGAAAGCUUUGUUAGAAUAAUGAAGGGAAGGAAUGUGGAUUCUCUAACGCAAGAGAAUUGGUGCAUUUUCUUUCCUGAAUUCAAUCUUUCAAUUUGAGAGAGCUUGUAAUAAUUCUUCCUAUAUAUCAUUGAUAUGUUUAAUAAUAAAUUCAUUAUUAUUAUUUAUUAUAAUCAAUUUAUCAUGUCGAUUUGCUGUUGUCGGAUGUCCAAAUUUCUCAUUUCAAAAUUAAUUGCAAUAACUAUCAUUUUACAAUCAGAGAGAUAUAAGCGAGUAUUGGAUCCCGUGCAUGGCUGAUCUUACAAUUUCGUGACCAUGAAUUUGAUCAAGAACCAGAAAGUAAUUUAAAGAAGAAAUUUAAAUCAAAUGACCUCAUCACUAAUAUGAAAAAAGUAAUGUAGAACCAUUAUCAUUAUUAGCAUAUACUAUAAUUAUACGCUCACACGAUACCUUAUCGUUCCUACUACACCUCAUAACACAAUCCAAGUAGGGAACCGUCUUCAGGGCAAAUCGAAUGCAGGACAACAAACCUAGAUUAGAUAGCUACCUUACGUUUCUUCAGAAAGGUCCUAGGAACUUUUGAAUCGAAAGAGCAAAAUAUGGAGUCUAUCGUGAAGAAGAAAGCAAAAUCCCAAAUACAAAAGAGAACUUUUUCGAACCCUUUUUUGGCUUUCGUCCGCCAUUCCCUUUUGUUUUUGUUUCUUCUGCGCAAACAUAUUAAACGGGGACCUCCCCUGGACUCCUGGUGGGCCCCAAUUAGAAUUUGUUACGAGCUGUCCAAAAGAACUGUAUAAUAUUAAUACUACAAUUCAGGUUUUAAAUCGGUUUGAAUUUAUUUAUCUAUUUGAGUUUUUUUUACUUAAUUUCCGCCCUCUAAUAUAUCCAUGUUUUAACAUUUGGUGAUGACUGGUGUACGUUAAGCGUAUAGUAUACGUCAGGUGAUUUAAUCGUUAGAUGUAGUUAGAUGACCUCCGGCCAAUCUCAACGGUCAAUUUUUGUUUUUCAUUAAAUCAAACUUUGGGUUAGGGUUUAGAAAAUCGGUGUCUGGGGUUUAUCCAUUAGAGGUUAGGGUAUAGUAUCAUACCCCAAACUCGAUUUAAUUCAUGGUCUAGAUAGUGAUAUCUCACUAGUAGUACCUGACGUAUAGUAUACGUCUGACGUACGCCAGUCUAACCCUUUAACAUUUAUAAUGUUAUAUCACUAUUACUGCUUGCUUGCCACACAAGGCAAAAUACAGAAUACUCUAGAACAUGUAAUGAAACUUAUGGAUAGUUUUUUUUUAGAAAAAUGGGAAAUCGGGAACGGAUCAGGUCAGUAACCUUAUGGUGAGUAACCAUGAGUAACUCGUCCACAUUAGCAUCCCUCUUUUUCCUUGAAAGCCUUUAAUUUUUCCCUCCUUGAUUUUUGAUGACGAUUUCUCACUCGUUUUAAGUCAAAAUUUAAUUUUUUUUUUGCACACUUAGAUCAGAUUAAUUGUGCUCUUCAAAAAUGAUAUCAACUUUGAUAUAUUUUUCGAACAAAAAAAAUUGAGCUAUUUUUUACCAGUCUAUACCAUAUGGUAUUGACUGGUAUUGAAAUAAGAGCAUACCUAUGGUUUGAAAAGUGUACCAUGGUGGUAGAAAUAAACAAAAACUGUAGGAUGGUUGAAUACAUGAUAAUAAAAGUAUAUUAAAUGU